AUGUCCGAGAUGAACCUCAUUGUGAACAUUACGUGCAACCCGCCCGUCAUCUCCAUCUUUGGGCCCAUCAAGGAGAGUACGAUUGACCGCCUCAACGAGACGAUUCCGAAUUCCUGCUCUACUACCAACACGGGCAAGACGCCGUUUGCACUGGUGCACAAGGAUGACCCUCCGCACUGGUUCGGCGAGCUGCGCACUCAGUUCGCCACGGAGGAUAUCGGCACAUCGAUACUAUUCAUCUCGGUCCUGGACGCGCUCGAGGAGGAGGGUACCUGGAAGUUGCGCGGCAGCACCUCCAUGAACCACGACGGCAACAAGACCACCUACAAGUUCUUCUUCGUCCGCGGUGCUCAUUAG